CAUCGGGCACUAGGUUGGGGAAACUGGCAUAAGGGAAGCGAAACUGCAAUGAAACUCUGUUACAAGGUUCUCUAUAUCUUGGCUGACUUAAGAUUCAAGGACACGUCGGUUUGUGGGUGGAGUUGCUUCCUCUUAAUUAAUUGAACAGCAAUGACCGGAGGGGUUCAACGUUCUCGAGCACGAUGUUAAUAUAAGAGCUGCAGCAGCAGUCGCUGCCCCAGUCCCAUCUCGUUCACACCUCUAGCGCGAGCCUCCCGUGACGUCUCCCGAUUCGCCCGCGCCUGAUGACAAGCCGUCCGCAUCUAGAACUCUAAAGGACAACAACCGUUGACAGAAUAGCAAUUGCUUAUCUCCUUCGCUAUUAAAUUAGGAGGCGGGCUCUCAACAACCGUUACUUCCCCAUGUGUGACGCACACCGCAUCUUCAUCGGGGCAGCGUUCGAAAGGCUUGGCUGCAAUUGGAGAAAGCAGAAUGGAGAGGCGGGCUUUGGGCGGAGAAUGUUGUGGCAAGCUCUGGAAGAUUCCUCCGCCCGCCAUAUAAACCUGGCAGGGGGAAGCGCCUUCUUCUAAAUUACAGCUUGAGCGGGCGGGCGAGGGGUGUCUGCUACUGAGGGUUUUGUGAACGGCGAUGGGGAAAGAUUAUUACCGUAUCCUGGGCCUGGCCCGCGGAGCUAGCGAAGAUGACAUUAAGAAGGCGUAUCGUAAGCAGGCGCUGCGCUAUCAUCCUGACAAGAAUAAGGACCCUGGAGCCGAGGAGCGCUUCAAAGAGAUCGCCGAGGCGUACGACGUGCUGAGCGACCCGAAGAAGCGCGAGAUCUUCGACAAGUUCGGCGAGGAAGGAUUAAAAGGAGGUGGUCCCAGUUGUAGUGGAGGAGGUCCUAAUGGUACUUCAUUCACUUAUACCUUUCAUGGAGAUCCUCAUGCCAUGUUUGCGGAGUUCUUUGGUGGGCGGAAUCCUUUUGAUACCUUUUUUGUUCAGAGGAAUGGAGAUGAGGACAUGGAUGUUGAUGACCCUUUUUCAACUUUUCAAAACUUUGGCAACAUUGGCUUUACUCGUAGUCGUGGAGGACAUGAAAACAUCCGCAAGAAACAAGAUCCUCCAAUCAUCCAUGAGUUGAGGGUGUCCUUGGAGGAAAUUUACACGGGUUGCACCAAGAAAAUGAAAAUUUCACACAAGCGUCUCAAUCCAGAUGGGAAAAGCACACGCAGUGAAGAUAAGAUUUUAACAAUAGAAGUAAAACGAGGGUGGAAAGAAGGAACUAAGAUUACAUUCCCCAAAGAAGGAGACCAAACACCAACCAACAUUCCAGCUGAUAUUGUCUUUGUUCUAAAGGACAAGCCACACAACAUUUUUAAGAGAGAUGGGUCUGAUAUAGUAUACCCAGCUAAGAUCAGCCUCCGUGAGGCUCUGUGUGGCUGCACUGUGAAUACACCAACAUUAGAUGGUAGAUCCAUACCAAUGAUAUUCAAAGAUGUAAUUAAACCUGGCAUGAAGCGAAGAAUUCCUGGAGAAGGCCUUCCAUUUCCCAAGAAUCCAAACCAGCGAGGGGAUCUUAUUAUUGAAUUUGAUGUAAGAUUUCCAGACAGAAUUCCUCAGUCUUCCAAAAGUGUCCUAGAACAGAUCUUGCCAAUAUAAUAAGACUGGCAGAAGUGGACUGCACUACCUCUGUUAUGGAGGGUUACAGACUGGAAUCAAGAUUUCAGGGUCUAUUUUGGCAGUGGAUAUGAGAGUAACUUUAUGUUUCAAAAAGUUGCAAACACUCCAGAUCUUGAAAAAUGAGUAUUGCACUGCUAAAUGACUUUAGACCCAGAUUGCCUUUGCUCGAAGCAUUUAUAACUGCAGUUACUGACAGAAACAGGAAAACAUCUCAGAACUUGAAUCUUGAGUAUGGCAACCAGUCAUGAUUUCUGCGUCACCUAUUUGACAAGCCCUAGUCAGGGCAUGCCCGUACAGAUUCUCAUUAGAAAGAAUGAGACUAAAAUCUAAACUGGACUUCAGAAGUAAACAUCUUCAAUCUCUCGUCUUUGUUGUACUGUGUUGUCUUUGUCUUUUACAUUAUUUACUGAAGGGUUAGGCUACCUUUAAUAUUCAGAUUUCCAGCUUCCUUGAUAUUCCCGCAUUACUCCAUAAAUAGUACCAAAUGCUGGUAUCUGGAAAGAAGAUAUUCUUAAACAUGGCCAUAAAAAUAACUUGCCCUCCUUCAGAAAGUUGAAUGGAAUAGGGCUUUUUCUAAAACCUGGUAGCUCUUGAAAGCAUGCAAAAAAAAUUAUAGGAAAGCAUGUAAAGAGACUUACAGAUUUGUCGGAUAAUUUUUUUCUAUACAGACAUAUUUAUAUAUCCUGGUAGAGGACCUGGUCUAAAAGAACUGAAUGUGUCAAGUCUUUCAAAUUUAUAGUUGAAAACUUUGUUCAAUAAACAGACUUUGGAGUCUUGCGUAUUGAUACA